AUGUCGCUAAGGCUACUUUCCCAGAGGCAAGCUUCCGCGAGAAUCACUUCAAGUAACUAUGGAGACCGUUCACAGUCGUUUGGGUCUUUGAAUCUAUCUUUGAGUGCUGAAGACGAGCCUGUGCCGGACUGGGCUUCAAUAGUCAAGGAUGCUGUUUAUUUCUAUGGGUUUGAGGAAAUCUUUGGCCACCUUGUGGCGGUUAUCUUCGACGACCCCAAGCUGAACUCCGGUCCGAGUUGCGUGAUUGUGAGCGCAAAAUACGGCGAGUUUCUCUUCAGAUCUAUGACGAUCACCUCAAAAUCGCGGUUUUAUCCGGCUGUGGAAAAUCUGCCUUCCCAUAUGCAGUCCUCAAACGUGAGAAGAGCCCUUGCUAUCGCUUUGCUGCGACUGGGUGCUGAAUGUGAUCUCGACUGGGAUGAAACGGAUAGCGGAGAACUCGCAGGAAGGUUUGUGUUAGUGGAUAAGCAGACUCCAUCAGAUAGUGGCGAUCAGAUAUUUAAGCUUGGCUACUUCCAGUCCAAGCUAGUAAAUUCUCUGUUGGUCGACGUGGUCUAUGACAACGCAAGCGGUGACGAUACGCUUACUGACAAGAAUAACAAGCUGGCUUUCUUGCUCGGUGAACAGCUGGACAACCUAUUUGAUCCACUAACGGAGUACUCACCAGAGCCUACCGAAAGGGUGUACGUCCCUCCCUCUGUCAUAGCUGUGGAUGAUGAUGUCCUGGUUAAGUCCAUCUGCCAGGAACUGAUUCGCGUUCAAACGAAUUCGACAGUUUCUCUGGUAUCAUUCUUACAAAAAUUUAUCAUACCGCUGCGGAUCAAAGUCUUGGAAGGAAAGAUGCCGGAUUGGACAACCUCGAAACUGAAUCAAAUAUUCCCACCAACUAUCGACGAGGUCACACGGAUCAACUGCAUCUUCCUGGACGCGCUCAAGCUAACACAGGGUGAGAGUUUUGAGGUAAUGAAAGCCUGUGCGAUGACACUGCCAUAUUUCUACAAAGCAUAUAUGAGACAUGAAGCUGCAACCAAAAAUUUUCAUCGAUCUCUAGAAAGUUUUUUUGCAGAAGCUCCAGAGGAAAUUGUCGCGAACAGAACAUACGACAGGCAUAUGAUUGAGUCAGUCGUUCAUUCAUCCCUCAGUUUGGCAAAAAUAAAGAUCAUUUUGGGAAGAUUGGUGGACACUAAGGUGUGGAAACAGGCACAAUUGGAGGAGGUCCAUUCGUACUACGACAAUGUGUGCAACAUCAUUGAUUCCUUCGGAACUGAUAAGCUGAAGCCCUACAACAACAGAGUGUUUACUCCCACAGGUAAGCUUUUGACCGAACUCGCAAGUGGUUGGCCAUCUGAGCUUCACUACGGUUGGUUGAACAGAAGGGUUGUCGCGGUGUUUGAUGUUGAAUAUCUGAUGGAGCCCUCAAUGUACAACAGCGGCCUCGUCAUUUUGUUUUCCGAUCAUAUGGUUUUCUUGCAAAUAGUUGACGACGAAUACUAUUACAUCGAGCAUUCCGGUUCUGAUGCUCUGCUCUACAAGCCGUCCAUAGCCGAUAUGAUGAUGCAUUCCCUGAUCAACGAGGUGCCGCUGUCUUCAGACAUACCUAAGUUAAAGGUUUCUUACUGGACAGAUGUUUCAAAUGUCUUCGCCUCAUCCUACGAUGAGGGAGAAUCUGUCUGUCUCAAAAUCGAGGACGAGGUUAAGUUGCUCCGCAUCAAGAACACUAGGCUCAGAAGCGGUGAAUAUGUGGUGGAUCUCAUCAACAAAGCUAAGGUUCUCAACAAGACUCAGCUAUUCCACCUCUUCAAAUCUGAGUACGAACCCGAGUGCGUGAUUUAUUAUACUGCCCAGGAGCUGAUGGCCUACCGAGAGGAGAAAAGCAGGUCUCCGCUAACGAUAUUUUUGAACAUGAAUGUGAACAGUGCGUUGUUGGACGAGCACGGACUGGACAGAGCGGUAGUGCUAACCUUGUUGGAUUCGGAAGAUGUGGAGAUCAACCUGGUUUCUCGUGAUGAAUCAGAGAUGACAAAGGUAAUGACAGCAGAGUUUGCCUCUGUGUUGUCCCAGAUAGUAAGGGAAAGGUUGGCCAAUACAGUGUACACUCUCAAUACUGCUCAGGAGUCGAAGGUAAUGGAUGCGCUGAUCUCGUUCUUUAAAGAGGAUAGAUACCUGGAAGAGAGAUCUUUGGCCUUGAGAAUGGCAAACAGAGAAACAGUGCAUUCACAAGUUCAUUCCAAAAGCCAUUCGAAGAGCAUUUCGGGUCUCACUAUAACGCCAAACUCCAAAACAAGAGUCUCAAGCUCGGGAACAGUGAGAAAACAAGUACGUGAUGGAGAAAAGAAGAAGUGGUUUAAAGUCCUCAAAACAAAGGUGUCGCGUGUAUUCAAUAGGAGAGAUCCUGAUAUGAUUCAAAUCCAAUCCGACGCCCAGUCAACUACAAAUAUGACCACUGCCUCUUCCAGUCUGUUUGUAAAUUCAAGGUUCGAGUUUCCAUUAAAAGAGUUGCCAGCAGUGACUUUGCCAAAGAUGGACAGGCUGACUUCUCCGGUGAUACCGAGGGAUGAACCUGGUGAGUUCGAGACUCAGGCGUCACAUUCGACCCCAGUUCCUUCUCCUGUCAGGAAAGUGGGUAUGCCAUUAGCUCAGUCAUCUCCAGAAGUCAAGCCAGCUGUGAAAUCAACUUUGAGCCCAAUUGUGACCCCAACCUGGAAACCAACUAGGAAACCACCUAUGGAUGAAACCGUGAAACCCACGCGCAUCGAUGCUUCUUCAACUCAGCAACCGAUUACAGAGCCAGUUCUUGAACAUCUCAAACAAACCGAAAACCAGUCUCCUAUAAAAACACAAGUGGCCAAAGACACUCCAGUGUGGAAAUCUCCAGAAGUUACAAAAAGACUCGCGCUAAUGCUCAGAGAGCUCGGUAAUGAGUCCAGCGAUGAGCACAACUGGUCUUUACUGGAUGCAGAAUCCAACACAUCUUUCCACGAUGCGCUCAUGGAUAACAGCCGUUUCGCAAAACUUCUGAAGCCAGACCAGCAAGCGGAUGUCUCCAGAGAUAUCUCCAGGGAAGAACCUUUCAGUCUCGCAAAGUUGCUGAAGUCAGAAAAUCCGAACAGGAAGUCUACUGUAGAAUACGAAGGAUUCCCUGAGUUACUCAGAGCUCCAAAACCGUUUGGUCAGAUACUUCAGCAGAACCGUGUUUUCUCGGACAAAACUGAUGACGAUGAUGAGCGGUUUUACACUCCCAAAGAACAUCCGUCUGAGAUUUUCGAGAAUGGUGCAGCAGAUGACACUGAUGACGAUUCGUACUCUAACAACAGCAGCACGCUUUCGGCCUCUCUCAUAGAUCCAAGUCUGUUACUACCAAGGGAAAGACUCUUAGAGAUGCCCACAAACAGUGACGACACCAUGUUAAGCGGGGAUUCGUACGGGUAUUUGGGGGAGCUUUUGACUGGUUCUAUGAACUUCAAACGCGAGGAAAGCAAGCCAGAUGUCGCCUACGACAAAAAUCUGGACAUUGCAUUUGCCAGCCGCCUUAGAGAAUCUUCGGUUAAGUAUCUAGCCGAUUUUAUUCACAGUGGAUAUACCCAAGCAGAUAUCCAUGGGCUUUUGAAUGAAGAGAAGGCUUAG